GUUUAGGCCCGACCGUCUAAAGACUAAAAGUCUAGCACUAUGUCCGAGUGAAUACUUCGCAAGGCCUGCUAGCCUACUUACACUGUUCGUUUUGAUAUACACAUUGCAUCAUAUAGCAGGGUCUGACGCUGUUGAAGUGUUGGAGUGCCGCGUCCGGCGAUCACGCGACCCUACGAGCGAGCGAGCCGUGCUUGCUGUCUACGACUAUGUCGUGACUUACAGGAAUACGUGCGUCUCUUAGUGCUUGCGUCAGGUGGUUGUGCACGAGAUAUUGUCCUACAUGGACAACGACCAGGUCACCUACCGCUCCUCCGACCCGCGCUCCAACUACAUGACCAAUGUGGCGCCCAACACCCGCACUGUGCUGAGCUCCCCCUCCCUGGGUGUGGCUUACAACCUUGUGCUUUACAUUGGCGCGCAGUUUGGCUCUCAAAGCGAGUUUGUGCCCGUGUACAUCUGCCGCUUCAUUACAGCCGACACUGAGUGCGACACAUUGGCCAACGUCCUUGCCAACGCGCCCAAGAGCUCGCCGCCGCCUCCCCGCCCGCCAACUCCUCCCCCGUCUCCGUCUCCUCCUCCGUCGCCUCCUCCUCCGCCUCCGCCGCCCUCGCCUCCCCCACCUCCUCCCAGCCCGCCCCCGCCCCCGCCAUCGCCUUCCCCGCCCCCGCCCCCACCGCCCUCCCCCUCGCCGCCGCCCAAGAGCUCCAAGGGCAAGCCGGGGGAGCGCGCCCCGCCAAUGCCGCCGAUGCCUGAAACUCCUUCUGACCCUCCGUCCCCAGGUCACGCGCGGCCGCCGCCGCGCCACCGCCGCUCGCCGCCACCCCAGCGCCGCCCUCGCAAGCACAUGCCUUAAAGCACUGGCAGCGGUGCAGCCUCUGCCCCAGCCUGUGGGGCCGGCGUUUAGCGUGGCAUGGGGAUUGCAUGCACUGCCGACAGAUGCGAGCCACAUACCUGGUGCGCCCCAGCACGCCUUGCAACCAACGAGCAAAGUUACCAAAGCAAGCGUGUCAACAUAUACAGCAUACAUACGUCGGAUACGACGGGGGUGGAUACGGACGCGCUCGAGUUUCCAGCAUUGCCAGGUGCACGUGCGUGCAUUGCCAAGCCUCAUGCACAUUUCAAGAGGCGAGCCGCAUGAGCAGUACCUCGUCAUGUCAAUCAUGUGCGUGUGUGGGCGUCGUCAGGCCUACACGCACCAUGGCAGUUUAGUUGUUGCUUGAGAUACUUGCACUGCAUGAUAUUGUAUUUUGCGUUCGCAAUUUAUCCAGUUAGCGGCGCAUGCACUACGGUUGAUGAGACCUCAAUGGCGGCAUAGACUGUAGUUGCGGUCGCGCGCGGGUGAUCUGAGUUGACAGCGUGCGGACCUGUCUAGCGUGUCUGUGUAUGGCAGGCCGUGUGCCUAACCAUACCGUUCUGCCCACAGUGUUCCUACAUACUUUGUGUCCAUCCUCUGCACGGCUCUCUAAACCAUACAAAACUGGAUGGCGAAUCUAUCGCUUCCAUCCAAAGAAGCUGCGUCAGUGCAAUUGUGCAGUCGUGUUUGCUUUGCCUAGGGCCUCAGAAAUGAGGUGGCGGGCUUGCAUUCAUGGGACAUACAGCUGCUAGUGCUUGAGCACAUCCGGACAUCCCCAGCCUCCAGACGCUUCAUGUUCAGGGUGAAUGAAGCUUGUGUAAAGCACCGACUAC